CGCCGGUGUGAUGUCGGAAAGUCACAGGAUUUCAUUUGCCUUAAGGCUAUUUGUUUUGAGGAUGGAUCUUAAGUUGAGGCAGUGAGUGCAACAUCCCAACCCAUGGCCAUGUGUUUCUGCCUCUCUGCUGCAGUAUAACGCCAGCUGAAGCGUGAUGCAUCCAGAGCAGCCAAGAACAGGCUUAGCCCUGCAGAGACGGCAGGCAGAUUCGGCCCCCUGGGGCACGCUGAGCACCGGCCUACUGCAGGGCCUCAUCCAGAGCGCCAGGCCUCCUUCCUUCUGCUUACUGCUCCCCAGGGUCCACGCAGCUGAUGUGGCUGCUGCCCAGUCUGCACAGAUGCCCUCUUCCUCCUCCUCCUCCUCUUCCUCCUCCUCCUCCUCCACCAGUCCUCCUCCUGCACCCAUCUCCUCUCCAAGCAUCAUGCCAAGCAACAUGGGCAAGCCAGAAUUCCCAGACACAGGAUGGGACCGCAUCAAGGACCUCUUUGACAGAGAUGUGACACAGAGGCACCCAGAGGAGCUGACCAAUGUGGUAAAGAGCGGUAUAGUGGCUGCACUGGCAGGUUUGAUCUACGGAGGCCUGCCAGCUGCACGCCACGCCAGGCAGAGGUACAUCCAAAUCAGCCAGGCAGAAAUCUAUACAAGUCGUGUGGAUGCAGUGCGCUCAGCCCAUAAUGCAGCUAUCCGCGGGUUUGUGAGAUACGGAUGGAGGUGGAGCUGGAGAGUGGCUGCUUUUGUCACAUUGUUCAAUUCAGUCAGCACAGGGCUGUCUGUGUACCGAGACAAGUAUACCAUCAGCCAUUAUGCUGCAGCUGGAGCUGUCACUGGAGGGCUUUUCAGACUGAACCUGGGCCUGAGAGGGCUGGUGGCAGGCACGAUCAUCGGAGCAGUCCUGGGGACUCCCACUGGUGCUUUGAUCAUUAGCAUGCAGUCUCUGGCCGGAGAAUCUGUCCGUGACAGGAGGAGGAGAGAGCGCAGGGAAAUUUAUGAGCUUAAACUUGCAGAAUGGACGGCACGUCUGCAGUUGACAGAUGAGCUGAUUGGAGAUCUGAAUGUCAGCUGUCAGCCAGAGGAAACCAGUAAGGACCUGCAGAGGAUCCAGGAAUUGCUCAGUUUACCACAGAAUGAGGGUGUGGCUCAGGACUCAAGGAGCCAGUGACAGUAGUUGCCUUACUGCUGGCUUUCUGCUGGACACUGAGGUGGGACUUCACACAACUGUGGAUAAAUAGGUCACUUCUUUGCCUGGACUCUAUCACACACUUUCUCUCUGACUGAUUGGAAAUGACUUCACAUCAGAAUCAAAAGACACUGUUGUACCUCUUAAACUACUGUCAAGGAGCCCCAGUGAGCCGCUCAGUGGCCAUUAGGUAGCUGCAAUAGGUGUGUGUGUGUGUGUGUGUAUAUGUGUAUACACAGCUACUCAAACUGUGUAGCUUCUGAUCAAGAUACUGCAAAACAAAUCCCCACCCUACAGAAAACAUACUGUCAUCACAAUAAUAAAGCUUUAACUGUACUCUA